AUGUUUCUAUUCAUUCCGUUGAUUUUAUUUUGCUUUUAUUUUGGCUUCGUCCUCAGUAACCUCUUAAGGACGAAAUUGGAUAGACACUCAAAAUGUGGACGUUUGUGUUCCAAUAGCACGUCGCAGUCUACUCUAUUUUCUUGCGAAUUUCUGAGACCCCAAACUUCUUGUAACUGCGGCAUUCUAGCGUAUUCCCGCUCAUGCUUUGAUCCCCGUAUACCAAAAUUAUCACUUCAUGCCGAUGAAAACCUUCAAAACAUUUUUGACCUCAUUAUUGACCGCUUUAUUCUUCGUUGGUUCUCACAACUGACUGAUGAUGAAAAGUUUACCGCUAAUAUAAAAGCCCAGCUGCAGCACAUUUGUAGCGUCCUUCUUCUAAGAUUGAAAGCGGUUGAUGUUUCUAAUCUAAUAGAGCAGAAGCUCCUUCCAUGUGUUGUUCACCACGUGGAACACCUACUUACCCUUACAAAUGCAUUCUUUGAUUCUAAUAUCUACCCGAGCGGAGAUGAGGAACCCAUCCAACCACCCCUGGCUGAUGACUUGGUCCUUCAGCGUCUCUUCUCCGCUGAUCACCUCCACCCAGCGUUGCAAUCACGUCAAGCGGAGUCUCUCUAUCUGCAGGGUAUUGUUCGUCAGCUACUGCCUCACCUUCUUAUCCCACCGGGCUUGAAACGAAGAAGGAAAGUUGAGGUUAGAAAGCCCUCGGCGUGGAAUGGAACCGCUCGGGUAAUUAACCUAAUCGACCAGGCAUUUUCAUCGGCUCAGUUUCACCACCAAAUGCCAGACCAGACUUUUGUGAAAAAUAAUCACCUUGCGGAUCAUAACCCUGAUCCCGAUCACACUCAGACUGCUCAGUGUGCACGGACCCUUCUCACCGAGAUUCUUGCUAAUCACGUUCUCUUGCCUGCUCUUGACUCUAUCGCCAAUCCUGACUCCCUGAACACUGUUUUUCUCUACCUAGUUGAUCCUAUUGUGGAUGACACCGAUUACCCCUCAAAUGCCCCUAUGGUCCCUCUCUUGAAUUCCUACAUCAAUGAUUGGCUCAAAAACGCCAGAGAAUUGCCCAGAAACAUGCGUAUGGAGGCUCUUUUACAGCAGCCGAAGCAGUUGGCCAACUUUGUGCAAUACAUGAAAUCAAUUAACUGUUCCACCACCAUGACCGUCCUCCUACUCAUGUUCGAAGUUGUGAACAAAAUUGAGACAGACAGUGUCUCCCCAGCGCUCUGCAACCGACUGAAGGCGCCAUUGCAACAGCUCCUCCUCCUCCUCCACAGCGGUCGCGUUUUGGCCAGUGAGGAGUUGGACCAGUACCAGCAACACAGCCACUGGUCCACCAAUCUUCAAACCAAAUGCAGCAAGUGUGGACGCGUAGUAACACCAAUCGGUUCAUCGCAUCUGCCACAGCUUCUCGGUUUGUCACCGCGCCUCACGACAGUCAUUUCGGAGGCAAUUGAUUCGGCUACUGCAGACGCUAACGCUGAUCCACUCUGCAUUGCUCGUCUCGUGCACACGCCCGAGUGGACCAGUGCCUACAAAACAAUGUGUAUGACGAUGGAAACGGUCUACCUCCCCGCGUACAUGGAGAGUCCUGAAUACCUUGGCAGAAUGAGUGCGCCCUCUGCAAGCCCCAGUCCUGGACAUCACUUCUUCCCGAUAGAUGUCACAGCAAACUUUGGUACAGAAAACAGUUUGGACUUCCUCGAUUUCAAUCCCAGUCGCCGCUUCUACAAAUCACCAAAUCAAAGCAUCUCCUUCAGCGAUCUCAACGAAUUUAGCUGUCACGGUGUCGCCUUGCGCACCAACUCUAUGGUGAGGGAUGAUAUGUCCACCACUUUCACAUCCAUGUCUACCACGUCAAGGGGGUCAGGUCGCCUUCGGUUCCGCCGUCACCCAACACCCGCGUCUUCCGUGGAAACGACAAAGACGGUGGAGGAGGAUUUGGACUUCUCCAAGUGGCGCAUCUCUAUCCCCUCUUAUACUUCUGCCAGUCGCUCCUCCGCUUCCUCGGUAGGCAGAGGCGGGGGUGGUUUAAAAAUCCCCGCAGCCGCAACAGCCGCGACAACCCCGUUGAUGUUGAUGAUGAUGAACCUGGAACAACCUGAUUUUUCACUCCUCUUCGCGGUCCCCAGUCAUGGCUACUACACGGUGAUUACGGAGCGCGAAGUCAAUGGCAAGAAGGUCUCUAGCAGGAUCCGUAGGAAGUAUGCGGAGUUCUAUGUAUUGGAACAGAGGCUGGUAGAGUUUCAUGGGUCGCGGAUUUCCCAUCGAUUACACGCUCGACGGUAUGGGGCUCAGUCUCACCACUUUCUAGAGAACAUGAAGUCAUACUUUGAGCGUUUUCUCAGAUACUUGCUUACCCAACCCUUCCUUCGAAAAAGUGAACUCAUGUACACCUUCCUCACCUCACCCAAUGUGGAGUUCACAAGCAGCAACCUGUCGGACAUUCGUCUGGGCAAAUUCGUUAAAUCCAUGCCCAUUCUUCUUGCCAAGGAGAAAGGGCAGUUCACGGACAAAUUCCUGACGGCUUUCCGUUCCUCAUGCUUCAUCCUGCCGACUCAGAAAGCACCAUCGACGACGAACCGCCACCGCGUGGACGCACACACACCUCACUCCACGCUGGAACAUCGACUGCACUCUGGGAUUUACUGGAACAACGCAGGCACUCCUGUACUCCAAAAACGCGUGCGUGGCUCUGAGUGCUGUGCAAUGGAGGGCUCCUACGUGACCAGCUUCUACGAUUUCUUCGGCUACCUGGCGGACAACUUCCGCAGGCCUGACUUGAAGAGUCCGUCAAGCAUUGAACAACUGGCUGCCAAGCGGCGUCUCGAUUCGACGUCUGGGAAGUUUUCCGUCUACGUGGACUUCUUGCAGUGGGUUCAGCGCAUAACGCUAACCUGCUGGUCUGUACUUAAAACCCUCUGCUACGAGGUGAUCUGUGCUUUGGAGCAAAUGGGCUGGAACCUUGAAGUAUUACAUCAUCCACGGCUUCGAUCUAAUUCAUCGGCGGCGGUGGCAAUGGUAGAAACGGCUGGAACAGUAACGUACUUACCGGGUCUGUUGCGCCGUGCCAUCCUCAACGUCGGAUUGGCGUUGCGACCCACACAGUUUCGCGAUCUCGUAGACCUCCACAUGCGAAGACAGGUGGAGCAGUUCCUGCGACUCCUUGUGCGCAAUGACUACCUCGCGCCACUGUUGCUGCUCCUUCGAGAUUCAAUCUUCUUUCCCUCACCACCGAGAAGCGAACGAGAGAAGGCGGUGCGACGCGAGAAGGUGUACGCUGGUCUGAGACAGCUCAUCAACCGCUUCCACCUGCAGUGGUUCUCCGAGGACAAUACGCUUCAACGCCGUCUCGGUCGCGUCUUCGAGGUGUUCCAGCACGGCAAGUGGAACAAGCAAUUGACCUACGUCCUGCUAGACCACAUUCUCCUCGAACUCUUCCCUGACAUCUUCGUCUCAUCGUCCGCCCCCGAGGUCCCCACCAUCACCUAA